CCAGCUAAGCAAGGGGCAGCUGGUGAACCUGCUGCCUCCAAAACCCCUUCCCCUGGUGUAGAGGCAGAGGGGAACUCGUGAUGCUCCGGACCUGUCGUGUGUUGUAUUCCCAAGGUGGCCCCUCUGCAGGCAGCUGGCAGCCCCUGAACUUUGAUGGUGGAGCCUUCCAUCUCAAGGGCACGGGAGAACUGACACGGGCUUUGCUGGUGCUACGGCUGUGUGCCUGGCCCCCUCUGGUCACCCACGGGCUGGCGCUCCAGGCCUGGUCUCGGCGACUCCUGGGCUCCAGGAUCUCAGGGGUACUUCUCCGAGCAUCCUUGUAUGGGCAGUUUGUGGCUGGUGAGACAGCAGAGGAGGUGAGAAGCUGUGUUCAGCAGCUCAAGACCCUAGGCCUCGGGCCGCUGUUGGCAGUGCCCACAGAGGAGGAGCCGGACUCAGCUGCCAAGACUAGUGAGGCCUGGUACGAGGGGAACCUCAGUGCUAUGUUGCGGUGUGUGGACCUGUCACGGGGCCUCCUGGACACCCCUGGCCCUUCUGGGAACAACCUUAUGCAGCUGAAGAUGACAGCGCUGGCCAGCACUCGGCUCUGUAAGGAGCUAACUUCAUGGGUCAGAAGGCCAGGGGCCUCCUUGGAGCUAAGCCCUGAGAGGCUAGCAGAAGCCAUGGACUCUGGGCAGAACCUCCAGGUCUCCUGCCUCAAUGCUGAGCAGAACCGGCACCUCCAGGCUGCCCUGAGUCGCCUGCACCAGGUGGCACAGCAUGCCCAGGCCCAGCAUGUGAGGCUCCUGGUGGAUGCUGAGUACACCUCGCUGAACCCGGCGCUCUCUCUGCUGGUGGCUACCCUGGCCUUGCGCUGGAAUAGGCCUGGGGAUGGAGGGCCCUGGGUGUGGAACACUUACCAGGCUUACCUGAAGAACACAUAUGAGCGGCUGCAGAGGGACGUUGAGGCUGCACGCAGGGCCGGCCUGACCUUUGGAGUGAAGUUGGUCCGAGGCGCGUAUCUGGACAAGGAGAGAGCUGUGGCCCGGCUCCAAGGGACAGAAGAUCCCACUCAGCCUGACUAUGAGGCCACCAGUCGGAGUUACAGCCGCUGUCUGGAGCUGAUGCUGACCCAGGUGUCCCACCACGGCCCCAUGUGCCACCUCAUGGUGGCUUCCCACAAUGAGGAGUCAGUUCACCAGGCGACCAAGCGCAUGUGGGAGCUGGGCAUUCCUCUGAAUGGGCCUGUGUGUUUUGGACAACUCCUGGGCAUGUGUGACCACAUCUCCCUGGCAUUGGGACAGGCUGGCUAUGCAGUAUAUAAGUCCAUCCCCUAUGGCUCCUUGGAGGAGGUGAUCCCCUACCUGAUCCGGAGGGCCCAGGAGAACCGGAGUGUGCUUCAGGGUGCCCGCAGGGAACGAGAACUGCUCAGCCAAGAACUGAGGAGGCGGCUGCUGGGGGGAGGCCUAAAGGUACACCAUUAGCACCCCUGGGAGUCAUGUGGUCAAUAAAGGUCCCAAGCUAUU